AUGACAGCGGUAGUGAGGAUGAUGAAGAACAAGAGGAUACCAGAAAACCAUGCAACACUCCAAGGAAGAGGUCAAGCACAAGGUAUCCUUGAGGACCUGGCCAUAUCAAAGCAAGAAGAUUAUAAGUCCCUGGUCAGCGCGUUAGAAGAACGUUUUGCUCCUCCUAACCAAACGGAGUUAUACCGGGUUCAACUCUUAGAGAGGCCACAAAAAGCAGCAGAAAGUCUGCCAGAGUUGGGGCAAGCCAUUAGACGGCUAGUAAACCUGGCAUACCCGACAGUGCCCAGUGAUGUGCGUGAUACCUUGGCUAAGCAGCAAUUCAUUGAGGCUCUAGCUGAUUCAGACAUGAGAAUCAGGAUAAAACAAGGAAUACCUCAAAAUCUAACAGACACUAUACGGUUAGCUGUGGAACUUGAGGCCUACAAUCGAGCUGAAAAGAAAUGGAGUGAUGGUAAAGCUCAUCUGAGAGCCACAAACACAGAUGACAGUCCUACUACAGAGAAGGCUAAUGUGACUACAGAGAAAGCUAGUCAGAAUUCUGAUAUGUCUAGUUUAUUAAAAGACAUACAACAGCAACUACAGUCCUUACAAGAUGAUAUAAUGAAGCUGAAAGGAAGCAAUAGGAGUUCAAGUCAGCAAAGACCAAAUAAAGACAAGACUAGCCGAAAAACUUGCUACUAUUGCAAUGAGGAGGGUCAUUUUCGCAGGAAUUGCCCAAAAUUGAAAAAUCAGGCAACCACUGACAAUGGUGCAGAUAAGCCAGUGGCGAAGCGAGUUAGAACUCGGAGAAGACGGAAACAGACUGAACAGAAGGCUAAUAUAGGAGUCUCAUCAGCUGUUCAUGAAGCUGGCAUGUAUAUUAAGACUGACAUACAUGGUGCCAAGGCAAAGUUGUUGGUCGAUACAGGGGCAACCAUAACUUUGAUUUCUGAAGAUCUGUAUAACCACAUUUCUCAGGCGGCUAGACCCGAGUUAAAGCAGAUAAGUAAAGAGGUCUUGACAGCAAGUGGAGACAAAUUACCAAUCCUCGGACAAGGGAGGUUUAACAUCAGAUUGGAGGACGACACAAACAUACUGGUAGAAGCGGUUGUUGCGAAACUCACCACAGAUGGCAUUCUAGGUCUUGAUGUUAUGAUAGAGAGAAAUGUAACUCUGGAUAUGGCCAAGGGUUGUCUUACCUUGGAUGGAGUGCAUGUUGAGGCUAAAUAUGAGGGAACUAUGGGUUGUUUCCGAGUCUGUACAACUGAGAAGGUUGUAGUACCAGCAAAAUCAGAGGUCAUAGUCUCUGGGAAGGUGUGUGUGCCUGAUGAUGAGGACUUGGGGCGAAAAGAUGUCGUGAAGCAUAAGAUCAAUACAGGAGAUGCUCGUCCGAUAAAACAGCCUUUACGACGUAUCCCAGGCUAUAUGGGACCAGAAGUUGACAAACAAGUGCAGAACAUGCUCGACCGAGACCUGAACUCUGGAUACUGGCAGGUAGAGUUGGAUUCGGAGGACCGUCCCAAAACCGCAUUCGCCACUCGCACAGGGUUGUACGAGUUCCAAGUUAUGCCCUUUGGUUUAAAUUCAGCCCCAGCAACAUUUGAACGAUUAACGGGGACUGUACUGGCAGGACUACAGUGGCAGGUGUGCCUCAUAUACCUUGAUGAUGUCAUUAUUGUGGGAAGAUCAUUUGAGGAGAUGAUGGACAAUCUCGAAAAAGUAUUUGACCGAUUGUUAGCUGCUGGGUUUAAAUUGAGAGCUAGGAAGUGUCUUCUAUGUGCAAAAGAGGUUCUAUACCUAGGGCAUGUCAUUUCAGAGUCGGGUGUUUCAACAGAUCCUGCGAAAACAAGAACGGUGGAGCAAUGGCCUGUUCCUGUCAAUGUGCGAGAGUUGCGAUCUUUUCUGGGAUUCUGUAGCUAUUAUCGAAGGUUCAUUAAAGAUUUUGCUAAAAUUGUGAAGUGCCUUCACAAGCUCACAGAAAAAGGACGAACAUUUGAGUGGAGUUCCUCUUGCCAGGAAGCCUUUGAGACUCUUAAGAGGUUGUUGGUAAAAGCACCUGUCCUUGCGCAUCCAAACUUUACCAAGGAGUUUAUACUAGAUACUGAUGCGAGCAAUGACGCUAUCGGCGCAGUGCUGUCUCAGAUAGUGGAUGAUGUUGAGAGGCCAGUAGCAUUUGCCAGUCGGACUCUUACUGAAGCAGAGCGAGGGUAUUGCGUGACCAGAAAGGAACUGUUGGCAGUUGUAUACUUCACCAAGUACCUGCGCCAUUACCUGUAUGGAAGAAGGUUCACAGUAAGGAUAGACCAUAGUUCGCUUCGUUGGCUGCUGAACUUCAAAGAUCCCGAAGGACAGAUGGCUAGGUGGCUACAAGUGCUGAGCUCAUAUGAAAUGACAAUCGUCCAUCGACCUGGAGUCAAACAUCGGAAUGAUGAUAGUCUCAGCCGGUUACCCUGCAGGCAACGUGGGUUCGAACCACAAUGGGAAACCAAGAUUGAGACCACAGAUCAGGUUAUGAGUGUACAAAACCCCAAUGAAUGUAACGAGAUUGCUUCCCCAGAUCUACCAGCAGAUAGUGAAGAACUGUCUUUGUCACAGAAACAAGAGGCAGAUGAAGAUAUUCAACUUGUUAGAACUUGGGUGCUUGACAAGAAACGACCACCAUUCAACGCCAUUGCUGGCAGGAAUAUUUAA